AUGUCUCACUCAAGCCACCACAAUGGUCUCAUCUUUAUUCGCCUUAAGGGCCAAACAGGUGAAGAAAAGAUGGAAGACCAGAGCAGAAAAUGGAGAUCCUCAGACUUCGAACCCACAAAGGCUGAUGUGUCUGAUCCGUGUAGCAGCAACAUAUGGAUCCUUCCUCUUUCCCAGGUGAACUUCAUCGGUGUAGAUGCUCAUGUUGAUGGAAUUCUGGCCCUUCUGAUCAACAUCCAGCACACCAUCACGAUCGGGUUUUCCUCCAUUAGUCCAUGCUGA